GUACUUGUCAAUUUCCCAUCACAAAAGAACUAUAACCACACAUGGUUUCACACUGGCGCAGACUCAUCGCCGACAACGAGCACCGAAAGAAGCUGCCGCAGACGCUGUCGGGCUUCUUCUACGAGAGCAUGAACCACGAGCGCUGCCCGUACACGGCGCGCCAUUUCACCAACGUCACCGGGAAAGGCAUGCCUCUCGUCAGCCCGACCUUCUCCUUCCUGCCCCAGUGCCACGACGUCGACCUCUUGGAUUGCUGCAAUGGCCUCCUCCUCUGCCGCUGCUACGUGUCUCGUGGCACUUUUCAGUUCCACUAUGCCGUGUGCAAUCCUGCCACCAAGGAAUGGGUGAUGUUGCCGGACGCCAACUGGGCUAUCGAAGAGAACCACACCGCCUGCUUGUGUUUCGAUCCAGCCAUCUCGUCGCAUUUCCAUGUGCUUGAGUAUGUGGAAGAGGAUGAGGAUUCAUACGUCACACUGGUCACAGGGGUGGAGAUCUAUUCGUCUGAAACUGGGUUAUGGACUCUCCAUGAAAAUGGAUGGAAUGAUGAAGUUGUGAUUAGCCUUUCGGUCAAUCGAAGAAGUGUUUUGCUCAAUGGUUUUCUGCACUCUGUCACGCCUGCUGAUGAGAUUGUGGCGGUUGACAUAGAGGGGAAGAAAUGGAGGAAGAUUCCUAUGCCGGAUCCUGAUGGUGAUAUUGGGAUAAUUCAUCAAACUCAGGGUCGCCUGUGUGCUUUUAAUGUUGAUCCAAAUGAUAUCUUCAAACUGUCAAUUUGGUUUCUUCAAGACUAUGAUACAGAUAAUUGGAUCUUAAAGCAUACCGUUGGCUCAAUGAAGCUGUUUGGAGGAAAGAAAUACCAAUUAGAUUAUGACUACCAAGUAAUUGCAGUUCAUCCAGAAUGCAAUUUGAUCUUCUUUGUUUAUGGAUGGCACAAUACUUUGAUGGCAUAUGAAAUGGAUCGCAAGGAAGUCCGUGUCAUACGCAAACUCGGACAUGAGUCCUGCCAGUCAUAUCUACCAUAUGUUCCAAUGUUCUCUGAGUCAUUACCUAAUGGGCGGUAACUGCUAACAUGCAGAGGUGCGGCUCCACUUUUGUUAUUGCAAAACCGUCUUUGUACCCUAAUGAGAAUCGGGCUUAGAGUGGGCAGCCAAUCUCUAAUAUGAAUUAUGAAGUUCUGUUUGUAGUACUUGGAUGAUGGCUCCUUUGUUAUGAAGAAUGUUGUGAAAUCCUAGAUGGUACGUAAGUUGGCCUUUUGGAAGGUAUGUCCGGUUGUUCCGAAGGUUAUGUCUUGUUUUAUUCCGCUGGUGUUUACCGUAGGCUAGUUAAAAUUUAUGUCCUGUGUUAACAUGACAGGCCUUUUGACUGUACCAGCAGAGUCAGUUUAUGGAACCGUGACUAAUGUUUGGAAGUUGGAUCACAUGUACUUUGUUGAUUUUUGCCUUCCUUUUUCCCUUUUCUUCAUUCUGAACUAUACUUGUCUAUGUUACAUCCAUGCAGCUUAAUGUCUCCUAGAUCAUUUCCACUCGUUUUGUUAAGUGAUCCACAAUGAUCAUUAAUUGGAACAUUGCUUCUCUGACCCUUACUAGUUGGAGAAGAAGAGAGUGCAAACAAGAGCACAUACAAUUGUGCACCAACAAGAAACUACACAACAUUUUAGACUUCAAAGGUAACAAAGACUGGUAUACAAUAGUUAUACUAUUACCACACUGGCUUCCUCCG